AUGUAUCAUUCCUAUACUCUGUUAGACAACUUUAAAGUCGACUGAUUUUCUGUUGCUCGUCUCGCUGGUCAGUUCAGAUGGUUGAGGAGAACACACCGGAGUGUUCAGUUCGGUUGUCUACAGCUCAAAUAUUUUUUAGUGCGCUGUAUAAUAUUUCACAUUGUGCAUCCAUUUCGUCUCAACUUUGCAGUGUCCCAAUUAAAAUGAUUACGUUUACGCUGUUCCAAUUAACUGUCGUCUUUGAGGUAUUAUUUUUCCUCCUUUGGGCAUUUCCCAAUUGGGCCAACCUACCAGCUGGAAAACUUAUAUCGCAAGUAAAGCAAAAUGAUUUAUUGGAUGACAGGUCUACUUUAGGAUCAUGUGAUGUCGAAGAUAAAUGUGGAUUGUGUACGAAUACAACGAAAGAAGGUGGCGCAAUUGAAUCUUCAAAUUUCCGCGAUGAAGAUGCCCCAGAUUUGAAUUGUUCAUUCAAUAUUCAAGCGCCUCCGGGGUCACGAAUUCAGUUGGCGUUUACCCAGUUCCUUGUGGAUAAAUGCUGCGAUUUUAUUACCUUAUUUGGAUUUUUACAGGUGUCUGACGGAAAAAACGAUCCAUUUGAACUAAGGUUUAAUGGUUCCAACAUUCCAGAGCCAAUUACCUUUCCGUCUAGCCAAAUCGUUGUCAAGUUUACUAGAAAUACGAAUAACACAUCUUCCUUUAACUCAACAACUAAUAAUUCGGCUCGAUGGCAAGCAAGAUACAAGUUCCUAGCCGACAAAAAUCUGGUCAGUCAAUUGGAAACGGUUAAUUUGAAACCAUCGACUUCAAAUGAAAUCUGAAUUUUAAGUAAGAACAGCAUCUUUAAAUUUCGUAAUUUUGUGUUGUCAUUUGAAAAUAAAUGUCUGACAAUAUUUUUCAAAUUCGUCCCAAUAUUUUUAUGGAAUUAAUCGUUGCAGCAUUUAAUUUAUGUUUACUAUCUAUGUUCCUUUAUUAUAUACGCCAAUGAAAUGUAGGUC